AUGACGAACGUGGGCGAGGCGAUUCUCACUGCCCUCGCGGCAGCGGCCGACCCGAACCCCGACACGCGCCACAGCGGCGAGGCACAACUGCAGCAACUCAAAUCCCAGCCGGAUGUGUUCUUCGCGGCCUGCGCGGAUCUUCUCACGAACACCGCCGUCCCCAGCCGCGGCCGGCAGCUGGUGGGAUAUGUGCUCAAGAACCAUCUCUCGCACCCCGCGUGUGUGCACAACGCCGCGCUGCAGGUGUCGGUGAUGGAGCGGGCGGUGGUCGACGCGGAGAGCAGCAUUCGCGGCGUGGCGUGCACCAUCAUCAGCUCCGCGGUGCGGGAGAAUUAUUGGCCAGUGGAACCGGUGGUGAAGUCCCUCACGGAUAUUCUCACCACGCGGCACGGGGAAUUACACGCAGUCCACGGAGCCAUGCGGGCACUUUCACAAAUUGUGGAUGAUUGUGUUCAGCUUUUGGAUAUGCGGCAACUAACGGGAGUGGUGGUCGCGGCUGUUUUACCAUAUCUAAAGUCUCCCCCAGCAGGACGGGAAGGGAAUGAAGUUCAACUAAAGGCGUUUGAUUCGAUUUCUGUGAUAUUGGAGCAGGCAGGUAUUGACUGCAGUAGUUUCUCAUACAGUAGUAUGCGACCUCAUGUACUGAAUGUUAUUGAUGCUUGUUUUAUGAAUUUGCAGAAUCCAUCUUCUAAACAAUUGGCAACAAAGUGUGUGAAAUGUAUUGUUCUUUCACUUGGAUAUCAUGAUCUUAUCUCAGAUGAAUUAUUUCAUAAAAUAACAAACCUUAUGUCCAUGGCCACAGCAUCACCAGAUGGAAGUGAUGAAGAAUUACGUAUUGAAGCCACAGAAUUCUGGCGUGGUGUUUUAUGUUUCCCAAGAUUUGCCAUUCUUGUGGAACCCACACUUGAAAGUGUUAUUCCAAUAUUAAUUCGAUCCAUGGUGUAUUCGGAAAUGGAAAUUGGUAUGUUACAGGCAAGUGCUGAGGAUUGGAAUGUACCGGAUAAGAUAGAUGAUAUCCGACCACGUCACUAUCAAGCACGUGUUAAUAACACAGGUGCAGGCGGUGAUAAUAAUAAUGAUGAUGAUAACGAUGAUGGUGAUGAUGAAGAUGGAGAAGUGGAAGAAUGGAAUUUACGACGAGUAUCUGCUUUAACAUUGGACUCCAUUGCGGAACACUAUGGUGAUAAAAUUAUUUUCACUGUUUUAGGAGUUAUUGAUGGUAUGAUGCGACCAAGCAGUUCAUGGAAAGAGUUAGAAGCUGCUAUUUUAGCUUUGGGAGCUAUUAUGGAUGGAUGUUUUGACUCCAUGUCACCUUAUUUACCUGAUAUCAGCACUCGACUUUUACAAUUACUUUCAGAUCCUUCUGUGCAUUUUCUAGUUGGAAAUAUCUCAUUAUGGACAAUGACACAGAUUGGGCGAUAUAUUGUAUCUGUACCUGAGAAACUUCAAACAUUUUUACGAUGCAUUCUUCAAAAGAUGCAAAGUCCUUCUAAACUUAUGCAAGAAGGAGCUACUGCAGCAUUACAAAAAACGAUUCUUCUUUGUAGUGAAGGAGAAUUGAAUAAUGAUAUUCCUCUUAUUGUUGAUUGUGUAGUAAAAUGUCUACGUGGAUAUCAACUUAAAAAUCGUGUUUUGCUCUUUGAAACAUUGGAAACUAUUUGUGAAGAACUUGGAGAAACAUUACGCACCAGUCCUGAUAGUGUGGAAAUGCUUAUGGCUCCACUUGGAGAGAUUUGGAGUAGCACACCUAAUGACAGUCCCUUACUCUUUUCCUUCUUUAAAUGUAUGUCCAGUGUAUGUAGAGCCUUGGGACCCGCAUUGCAGCCGGCGUUAGCAAAAGAUAUUUUUGAACGUUCAUAUGGAUUGCUGGUCACGCAUGUACACGCACGUACGGAGGCGCAGCGAAUGAAUCAAGAUCCACCGGAGUAUGAAUUCCUCGUCACGGCUUCUGAUUUACUCUCUGGUUUAUUUGAUGCGAUUGGAUCAAACUUGGAGCCGCUGGUGAUGCAGUGUCAACCACCAUUUGUAGCCACAGUACUGCAGACCGUGCGGGAUGAGGAUGCGGAGAUUCGACAGAGUGGAUUUUCACUUCUUGGGGAUUUGGCAAAGAGUUCACCAGCAAGUGUACAGGCGGUGUUGGGAGAUGUGAUAAAGGCCUCAUUAGAGAAUCUUGCCCAUCUUAACGAAUCCACCUACCGCGUCAUCAGUAAUGUCGCCUGGUUUCUCUGUAAUCUGCUGGAGAAUCAAAUGGAUAUUAAUAACCUUCCGGUGUUGGAUGCCACUCAUGGUUUACCGCAGGUGUUUGCCGCCGUCGCCCAUGUGUUGAGUACCGCCCCGCAAACGGCAGAUAUGCGGAAUAUGGCAGAGAACUUGUGUAUAUGUCUUGGUCUUCUCUUGUAUACAUGCCCUGGAGUGGAAACAACUUCGGGUUGUCAUGUCGCUCUCUUCGCAGAGGCUUUCUGUGCGUAUAUGCGGAAUGUGCGAGAUGCCCCUUAUAAGGAACAGGCGGUGCGUGGAUUUCUCAUUGCUGUCCAACAACAAAUCCCAUUGGUGGUGAAUCUUUUACAUCUAUUCUUUGAUCUUGCCCUCUCGAUAGCAACAGCAUCGCCGGAUUUAAAACGGGCCAUGGGGGAUUUAUUGGCGGCCGCGAAGGCACACGAUGGCGGGCGGUGGCAGCAGCAACUCGGCAAUUACAGUGAACAGCUCAGGACACGGUUGUAUCACGUCUACGGCAUUCAAUAA